CUCACCUAACUUAUCUUAAUCCAGACGAAGAGAUGGUCGAUACAUUAAAGGACCUCUGUCUUCAAUUGGACGACUUUGAAGUCAUCAAGCCUUUAGCCAAAGGCCAGUUUGGGACUGUCCAUAUUGUUCGAAGUAAAUUAGAUGAUGCAGUGUACGCAAUGAAAAUACAACCCAAGGACGAUUUGUUGCGGCAGAGAGAAACGGCCUUUUUCAUGGAAGAGAGGAACGUUCUUGCUCAAGGAAAUGAGUGGAUGCCGCAGCUAUAUGCUGCAUUUCAAGAUAGCGACAAUCUAUACCUCGUCAUGGAGUAUGCUGGAGGUGGAGAUUUAUUCAGCGUAUUGGACCGAACCGAAAAUCUGACAUUCGAUGAAGAUGAAGCAAGGUUUUACAUUGCCGAAAUGGUCUUGGCCAUAGAGAACCUACAUAAACUUGGAUAUGUUCACCGAGAUGUCAAGCCGCAGAACAUAUUAAUCGAUGCUCAUGGCCAUGUUAAGCUGGCAGACUUUGGUAGUUGUAUCACUUUGGAUAACAACGGAAAGGUCACAUCGACCACCCCUGUAGGCACAUGUGACUACAUAUCACCAGAAGUCCUUCAGGCGCAUGAAGGAAAUGUCCAGUACGGAACCGAAGUGGAUUGGUGGUCCGUGGGUAUCGUCCUUUUUGAAAUGCUACAAGAGCUACCACCUUUUUACAGUGAUAGCGUGAAUGAGACGUAUCGUAAAAUUAUUUUCCAUGAGGAGUCACUGGAAUUCUCGGACGAAUACCCAAUAUCCGCUAACGCUAAAGACGUUAUCUCACGGUUUUUAUGCAAGAAGGAGAACCGACUUGGGUGCAAUGGUAACACAGAAGAUAUCAAAUCCCACCCAUUCUUUGCUGGCAUUGACUGGGAUCACAUUCGAGAAUCGACACCCCCUUUUAAGCCAGUAUUAGCUUCACCAGACGACACUUCCAACUUUUCUGUCCACGAAGAGGAGGACGAGAUGCCAGCUGCCACCUUUCCAUCCAGGUCUACUGGGAGAAAGGAAUUGGAUGGGAGAAAUGCUCCGUUUAUUGGAUAUACGUUCUUAGAAAAUGUCGGCAUCUCUAUCAAUGAACCUUCCUCUAGGGACAUCCCAUAUAAUCGCGAAGAGGAGAUAGUCAGGUUGAAACGACAAUUGGAAAGUACCUUCCGAACGACUCGACCCCCUGGACUGAAGAUGGAGAAUUCCCUGGACCAACCCUCUUUGCACUCUUCACAAUGGAUAUCUAAAACUAGGCUGCAACCAUAGCACGUCAUGAACCAGUCACACCCUUCAUCGCAAUCUACCAUUUCUAUUUAAUCUAUUGUGUUUAUCUCCCCCUCCCUACGUGUCUUGUGAUAUCUCACCCACUUACAAAAACCUCCCCAAUCGCAAUGCGAAAUCCUUGUAAUAUUGAAUCCUACCUACCCACCAUGAACGAUGAAUAAGCGAAACUAUACAUCAUUUUGAAAC